AUGGAAGAAUGCUUGCAAUAAGUAUAAAAUUAGGUUGAAGUAAUAUUGUUCAUUAAUGAAUCAAUUAGUCUAUAUUUGACAAUAUCGAUGCUUAACUAGAUUAAAUUCUUAAGAGUACUUCUUAUGCUAUCGAUGAUAAUUAACAAAAUUCUCUUCAAACAUUAACUUCUGAAUAUUCUGAUAAUUUUCCUUGCCAUAAAUUUGAAAAUUCAAACUUUGUUGAAUAACUUUAUCAAGUUAUGCAACCAUUAAUCACAAAUUAUAUGAAAAAGAAAGAAUUGUAGGAUUAAUUAUCAUAAAAUGAACAAUAAACCAAUUUACAAAUCAAAGAAGUAACUGAAGGCAUUGUUUAAGAAUGUGAAAAUGAAAAAAGUAAUAUUUCGAUGUCAAUGGAACCUAAACUUUAAGACUAGGAUAAGGGCUCGUAAACAUUAGUUGAAAAUAUUGAUGCAAACAUUAUUAGUAUACAAUCAAGCAUACUUUAAUCUUCUUAUCUAUAAAAGAUGAAACCAUUCUGCUAUUAAUUAAUACAAGAUUAUUCAUUUUAAUAAAAUGAGAUUUGCUUUGCAAUAGCUCUUAAUAAAAGUUCCUCCACAUUAGUGGCUGGGUGUAGAUCAUAAAUUAAAUUAUUUGAAUUCAGGUAUGGUAUCCUGAAACAUCUAUAGAGCUUAAAUGAACACAAGAGUUCCGUAUUUACUUUAAACUUUAUGAAGAAAUCUAAUCAUUUUAUAUCAGGGAGCAGAGAUGGUACUAUUAUUAUAUGGCAAAAAAUAUAACAAAAUUUAUGGAGUAAAUAAUAGAUACUAAACGGACAUAGUCAUUAAAUCAAUUGUUUAGUAAUAAAUAAUAAUGAAGAUCAAAUUAUAUCAGGGAGUGAUGACAAAGCAAUCAAAAUUUGGGCAAAGAAAAAUGAAUGGUUAUGUUAAUAAACUAUUAAGGAUCAUUCAAAAUCUGUAUAUGGAUUAAGCUUAAAUUCAUAAUAAAAUCGGUUGAUAUCUUGUGGUUUUGAUAAGUUUAUUUUAAUAAGAGAAUAAUCAGAAUUAAAUAAAGAAUGGAUAACAGUUUAAAAGCUAACAAUUGAGUAGGAUGGAUAUCGCAUAUGCUUUAUUGAUGAUAAUACCUUUGUAUUCUCGCCAUAUAAUACUGAAAAGUUAUAGGUUUUUGAGAUGAAUGAUAUCAAUAAAUAAUUUAUAUAGACUUAAGAUAUUAGUGUUAAAUGUGGAUUAGAUGGCUAAUGUUUUUUCCCUUCAUAAUUUAUUGAUUAAAAACAAAUCCUUGUUUUUAAAAAUGGGGAAUUUAUUAAUCUGAUAAGGAAAAAGUCGAAUGGAGAAUUUGUUACUGAAUAGUCAAUUAAUUUCGAAACGAAUUCUUUCUUUGGAAGCAUGAGUGAUGAUGGAGAGUAUUUGAUUACAUGGGACAACAAAUCAAAUUAAAUACAAAUCAGAAAAUAAAUGGAAAAAUGA